AUGGCAAAUGAGUUUUCGUCCCUAGAUUCAUCCCUCGAGGAAGAUAUUCGUCACGCCAAAAACUUAGGGGAAAACCAAGUGAAAGCUGAAAAGCCUGAAGAGCGGGAGCUUACACCGGUACCUGAGGUUCUUCUUGAGUGUGCUGAAAAUGGAAUGGUUGAUCACGUAGAGAAGAUAUUAGACCAAGACCGAUCUCUUAUUAACUGUAGGGAUAGUGACGGUUAUUCACCGCUCCACAGAGCUUGUUACAAUGGACACUUGAACGUAGUUAAAGUUCUCUUACAAAGAGGAGCUGAUGUUCAGGCCAGAACAGAAGAUGGAUGGCAACCAUUGCACUGUGCAUGCAGAUGGGGGAAGACUAAGGUGGCAUCUUUGCUUUUGCAAAAUGGUGCUGAUAUAAAUUCACAAACCAAUGGCAAGCAGACACCCCUUCAUUUUGCAGCAAGUGGGGUUGGUGGAACCUCCACAUUGCAAUUGCUUCUAUGCAACAGAUGGCUGGAUGCCAGCCUCCUAAACAUGCAGAAUGAAACAGCACUGGAUAUAGCUAACCGAAGUGGACAGCACUACAAAUUGUUUGAAAUUGUUGAAGAUUGUAUCGACAUUAAAUACUAAAAUAAAUUACAGUAUUUUGAUAAAUAAAUUAACUGUAAAACAUUGACAUUGA